AACUUUCUGAGAUCUCAACAGUUAUCACUGGUUUUCGGCUAGGGUGGCUUUCUUAGCAGGAGAACCCACCUUAUCUCUUCUAGCUGAUUUGUUUUUGUGAUCUGUGAGAUUUUCUGGUGGAUCGUGAGUUGAUGUUUUUGCAACCUCAUAGUUUCAGAGCGAUUCAAUCUGGCCGGAAUCUGAUCGUGAGUUGGUGUAAGCAUGACUCGGAGGAGCACUUGUCUAGAAACUGAAGAGAGUUUCUAAAACAAAAUUGGAUUACUGUUUCGAUAGUACUCGGUUCAGCAUUCAAACAUAUAAACCGAAACAAACCGGUUAACACUCCCAUAAAAAUUCCGAAACAGAGAAACGACGGUUAAAAAAAAAUAACCUCAAAAACUAUGCAGAGAUGUCUCGCGACGACGGCGAAGAGAUUAUUACUUCACCGGAACCUUCCACAAAAACCUAAACCUCUUCCCUAUGCACGAGCCUCCUCCUCCACCGCAAUCGAUCACCGAGAGAGACUCCGCAGAAACAACCCAAACCCAAACGACAUAAUCGAAACAUUCAACAGCAUGGUCAAAUCCCCUCCCUACCCAUCAAUCAUCUCCUUCACAAAGCUCCUAACCUCCCUCGCCAAGCUAAACCGACACGACGUCGUCCUCUCCCUAGCCAAAAAGAUGGAAACUUUAGGGAUCCGAAACGAUCUCUACACCUUCAACGUCCUCAUCAACUCCCUCUGCGCCUCCUCACGACUCUCCCUCGCUCUGUCUCUCCUCGGGAAGAUGCUCAAACUCGGGUUCGACCCGGAUAAGGUCACGGUCGGGUCUCUCGUCAACGGGCUAUGUCUGAAGAACAGAGUCUCCGAAGCUGUGAGCUUUGUUGAGAAAGCGGUUGAGUUAGGGUAUGGUGUUGACGUUGUCUCAUACAACACGAUUGUUGAUGGUAUGUGUAAGGGGAAACGAGCUGACGAAGCUUUGAGUUUGUUCGAGAGGAUUGAAAGGCCUAAUGUUGUUACCUACACUUGUCUGGUGAAGGGUCUUUGUGAUUUAGGUAGGUGGAGCGACGCGGCGAGGCUGCUGAGCGAUAUGAUCAAGAGGGAGGUUGCUCCCAAUGUGGUUACUUACAGUGCGUUGGUGGAUGCGUUUGUGAAGAGUGGGAAGGUUUUGGAGGCGAAGGAGGUGUACGAGGAGAUGAUAAGGAUGUCUGUAGAGCCUGAUGUUGUGACUUACGGUUCGUUGAUCAACGGGCUUUGUAUGGAGGAUCGUGUGGAUGAGGCUGGUGAGAUGUUUGGUUUGAUGGUGGGGAGAGGGUGUUUGCCUGAUGUGGUGAGUUAUAACACUCUUAUUAAGGGGUUUUGUAAGGUGAAGAGAGUAGAGGAUGGGAUGAGGAUCUUCCGGGAGAUGUCUAAGAGAGGUUUGGUUGGUAAUACAGUUACUUACAAUACUCUUGUACAAGGUUUUUUUGAAGCAGGGGAGGUUGAUACGGCUCAGGAGUUGUUUAGUCAGAUGGUUUCUCCUGAUGUGUGGAGUUAUAACAUAUUGUUAGGUGGGCUUUGUGACAACGGGGAGGUAGAGAAAGCGUUGGUGAUAUUUGAGGAUUUGGAGAAGAGUGGAAUGGGACUGGAUAUUGUCACGUACACUACCGUUAUCCGUGGGAUGUGCAAGGCUGGUAAGGUUGAAGAAGCUUGGGGUUUGUUUUGUAGUCUCGGCCUCAAAGGAGUGAAGCCUGAUGUGGUAGCGUACAGUACGAUGUUGUCAGGGCUGUGUAGUAAAGGCAUGCAUUGUGAAAUAGAUGCGUUGUAUUUAGAAAUGAAAGAGGACGGGGUUGUGUUGAGUGAUGGUAAGAUGUGUCUUAGAGAUGGUGACGUAACUGUAUCAGCCGAGCUUAUCAAAGAAAUGUUGACCCGUGCAACGCCUGAGGGGUGCAAAAAAGCUGUUUCUCUCUUGUAAUUCAUCUGUUUUCAGCGGGAUGAAAUCACUGGCAUCUUGGUGUUUCUCUCUAGUUUGAGCUCUGAGAGAUUCUCGAUAUUGGUUCAUCCAAUACUUGAGGAUGGCGAGUAGAAGGGUUUUGCUAUCUAUGGCGCUGAUAAGAUUUGCUUCAUCAAUCCCUUUCUGAUCUUGACGCUUGAGUGCAGGUACUCAGGAACAGAGGAAUGUAUGUAAAAAGAGACGUAUUUGGCUAACCGGCAUGAAGAAGAGUGAGCAUCACUAAGUUUCUCAAGAUUUUUCUCUAUGUGCAUUAGUUAGAAGGCUAUGAAGUUGUAAAAAAUCCCUAGUACUAUAUGAAAUAUGAGGCUACUAAAGCAAUGCACGUUAAUAUGGAAGUAGAAGCUAUAUUGAACACUGAAUCGGUGAUUAGUCAUGGUGCUGUUGUAAUAGACUUCUCAACUUUUGUUUGGUUUUGAUUCUUUGAAUCAUUAGAAAUUCAGUCAAGAUUUCUCUCCA